AUGCAGCCCGAAAGCUCCCUCAACACCCCGACCUCCCGUGACCCCCGCUUGUCCAAUGUCAGACCGCCUGUACGCACCUCUCUAGUUAGCUUGCCUGCUCCACAGCUUCCCAAUUCUCCGAUCCCUCCGAAACCUGCAACCCCGAAUGAUGUCGACUGUGACGAUUUCGUUCGGGGAGUCUCGGGGCUGGUGCGGGCCACCAUCCAGGAGAACCAGAACAAGGCAGAAAAGGAGAAGCUCCAGAAGCAAAGGGAGUCAACUGAACGCUUUUUGAAACGUGCCAAAGCCCAUCCAAACUUCCCCGCCACGAUAGACUUCUAUCAACGGGCCCACGAUGUCGAAGACGCGGAUAUCGCACGGGUAGACAAGGCACUGGAGGAUUCCACUCGCCGUCAACUUGAGAAGGAACUGACGACCAAAUUUCCGUCUCCAGCCUCGUCAAAUGGAAAGGUCCCAGAGCUGGAAAUGGAGAUCAAAGCCGCCAAGACUGAAAUUGCACGGUUGAUGGAACGAAAUCAGUCUCUCGAAACGGCACUGAACAACAAGAUUUCUCAAUUGGAGACAACGUUCAAAGACCAGUCGAUGAUCCAAGCAAAGCAUAAUAGGGAUUAUAAAGAGCGUCUGGACCAUUUCAAAGUGUCGUCUACGAACACAGAGACCAAAACAGCCAAUAUCACCUCCGAAAUCCAGGAUCUCACCCAAAGGAGUAAGACGCUGAAGACCAGUAUCGACCAGCUGUGGAAUUCACAGAAUUACACCACUGCUUCUGUUGCUCAGAAUGCCGAAAAGAUGAAGGUGCAGCAGGAGAAGUUGGAUCGCAUCAAACUCCAGGACGUCGAAUCGAUUCGGAAGGAUCUGUACGAACUCAAGACACGUGUGCUUUCUUUUGAAAAUAGCCAUGUAUCUGCCGGGCACGGAGGCCAAUAUGUACCUCAUGCUGAACUGGAAAAGCUCACUUCGCGGGUUCAAACGCUAGAAGGAGCACCCAACCCGAUGGUAAGGGUCAAAGAGCUCGAGGAGGUAAUAAGAGACUUCCAGGAAAUACACAAAAUGAGCGACGAUCUGCACUUUUCCGAAAAGGAGGAUAUGAAGAAAGAGCUGAACACCCAGGCUACUCAGUCGAAGGUUAUGUCCGAUGAAAUCACACACCUUUCAAAUGGACUGCGGAAUUUGGCUCAGUUGAACCGGACGCCUCCGGAGAUUACGACUUUGAGCACCUCUCUCGAGCAAACCAAACAACUCCUACAGACCGUCAGGGUAGGGUUGCAUUCACUGGAGACUAGGUACAACAGUCUCACAACCGAAACGGUUGUUAAGAACAUGCUUGGUGCAAUGCACGAGAUGUAUCCGAAUAUCAAUCAAUUGACGGAGCAGACUAACAAAGUCAGAGGCCUCAUUGAAAAGGAAUUACCUCCGGUUUUGGCUAGGGUUGAUGGCAUGGACGAGAAGCUAGAGUCCCACAUUAGCUCGAUCCAAAAAGAUAACAAAGCGCACGCCGAUGAAUUAAGACGUCUGAGGAAUGAUCAUUCGGCUUUGUCUCAGUCCGUGGUGCCUCUCUGGGACCGAUUCAAAUGCGUAAGCCAGAUAGCCACCCGCGAGGAAUUCCAAACGCUGCGAGACGGUCUUGAUUCUUUGGUCAACAGGGUUUCCAAGUAUCCACCUGAAGACCAGGUGUCUACUCUGGGGGAUUUCGAGGUGCUUCGGUCCAAUUUCAAGGUUCUUGACCAAACCAUGAGUGGGUUUAGAUCCAGCUUCAUCACGCAGCUGGGUGGCAAAGCAGACGAUGACAUAAUGAGGCAGACAGUGGACAAAGCACGAAAUCAUCUCAUGGGGCGGAUCACGAGCAUUUCCACUCAAAUCGAAGAAUUGAACAAAAAUCUUGAUGAACUGAAGGCGGCGGGAACAAACCGCCUCCAGACCACAUCCGAAGAGAGCGAGGCAAUGCGAGACAACAUCAGCCAACUUCAAAAGUCCGUGCUCGAGAAAUAUCAACGUCUGCGCAAAGAGCUAGAUGAUAUCAGAGAGACCAUGGAGUCACAUGCAUCCGAAAAGUCACCGCCAGCCUCCGCUCAAGAAGAUCCUGCACCGCGUUCAAAAGACCGAAUACGGACACCUAAGCAAGAAAGUCCUGCCCUCGAUGUGGCUGCAGUUAGGGUCGAUGCGGAAACCAGCCCAGCCCUUGCUCUGCGGGAGCAGAAAAAGAAAAAGAAACGGCCUCGCCAGUCAAGUCUAGCCAACGAAGAGAAGGUCUCGGCGCCUCCGUCCGAAUCCUCCGGGUCUUUCUCAUCCCCAGCUCCUUCGACACCCGGAGCAGAUGAAACGCCCGAAUCCAGGAAGAAAAGAAAGAAGAAGAAGAGGAAGGUGAACAACCCGGACAACCCGUUUCUCAUCGAUUAA